AUGGAUACCGACGCUCCUCAUCCUGGACAUGAUGCUCCGCCGCAUCCGGAGCCCGAGCCUGUAGCCGAUCUUCAGGCUGCUGCUAUCCAGCCGGAGUUGAAUCUGAUUUCCCGAGUAAACGGGGAUAAGAUUUGCCCCAUCAGACGCCCCGACAAUGGCGGUUCGUUGGCUGCUCGGCAUGUCAGGAUUCUUGUCAACAACUUUCCCAUCACCUUCGAUCCCGAAACCAUCAUAAGGCACUACGACGUCGACAUCAAGCCCGAGGCGCCUGCGAGGCGCGGUCAUCCCGUGAGGCUAUCGAAAGCCACUUUAUCUCAGGUCAAGAAGAAGUUAUUCUCCGACAACCGCAUGCAGUUUCCUUUGUCCAUGACUGCUUAUGACGGCGAGAAGAACAUCUUUAGUGCGAUCCUGCUACCUUGCGGCACGUACAACGUGAAGAUAUUUUCCAGGGAAGACAGCGAGGACUCCUCGUUCCGAUGCACCAUCACGCUCGUGAACGAGCUCAAGCUCCGUAAGUUGAAGGACUACUUGGCUGGGAACUUGCUGUCGAUCCCGCGCGACAUAUUGCAGGGCAUGGAUCUGGCGAUGAAGGAGAACCCAAAGAGGCACAUGAUCUCGGUCGGCCGACACUUCUAUCCCCUCGAGUAUCACGAGGCAGACGACCUCAAGUGCGGCAUCGCAGCGUUCAGGGGAUUCCAACACAGCCUGAAGCUGACCUCCCGAGGCCUCGCGCUGUCUCUCGAUUGCUCGGUCAUUGCCUUCCGAAAGAGGAUGUCAGUCAUCGAUUUCCUCAAGGAGCACAUACGUGGAUUCAACAUCGGCCAGUUUGCAAGGUACAGGAGGGAAGUCGAGCAGGCGUUGAAGGGGGUGAAGGUCACAAUGACCCACCGCAGGACCAAGCAGAACUAUACGGUGGUGAGGCUGACCAAAGAGACCGCACGCUCAAUAUCUUUCAGCUGCGAGAGCCCCGGGAGCAAGAUGAAGAAGAUCAACUUGCUGAACUACUUCUCGGAGAAGUACAAAAUCGAGAUUAAGUACAAGGACAUUCCUUGCUUGGAUUUUAGCAAGAACAACAAGAAAAAUUAUGUGCCGAUGGAGUUCUGUGUGUUGAUCGAGGGGCAGUGUUACCGGAAGGAGAACUUGGACAGAGACGCCGCCUUCGUGCUGAAGAAACUCUCCUUGCCUCCCCCGCAUAUCAGAAAGAAGUCCAUCUGCGACAUGAUCAGGUCGAACAACGGACCUUGCGGGGACGUUAGCCAAAACUUUGGAAUCGAAGUCGACAUGAACAUGACGAAAGUGGUGGGACGUGUCAUCAGACCUCCCGAGUUGAAGCUGGCGACUCCCCAUGGCAAGAUGAUCAAGAUAGAAGUUGACAAAGAGAAAUGCCAUUGGAAUCUGAUCGGGAAAUCGGUAGUGGAUGGGAAGCGGGUUGAAAGAUGGGUCAUCGUCGACUUCAGCGCAUCGGACCGGAAUCGGCUUAAUUGUAACCUGUUCGUUCAAAAGCUUAUCAGCCGAUGCAGAAACUUGGGGAUUUGCAUGGAAGAACCGCUCUUUUAUCAAGAUGCUGCAAUGAGCACGUUCUCCAAUGUGGCUAGAUUGACUGAGCUGCUAGAGGAUGUCAACGACCGCGCGUGCAGAGUCGGGAGAUGGCGUCCUCAAUUCCUUCUUUGCGUCAUGUCCAGGAGGGACGUCGGCUACAAGCACCUCAAAUGGAUCUGUGAGACUCGAGUUGGAUUAGUUACUCAAUGUUGCCUUUCCGUGCAUGCCAAUAAAGCGAACGAUCAGUAUCUAGCUAAUCUGGCCCUCAAGAUCAAUGCCAAGCUUGGGGGCAGCAACGUCGAGCUAUUCAAUCGAUUUCCACACAUCGACGGCGAGGGGCAUGUGAUGUUCCUUGGUGCCGAUGUCAACCAUCCCGCAUCCCGUGACACGAUCAGUCCAUCAUUUGCUGCUGUUGUUGGUACUGUCAAUUGGCCUGCUGCCAAUCGCUAUGCUGCGAGGGUGCGACCUCAGCUCCAUCAGCAAGAGAAAAUUGUCAACAUUGGUGAGAUGUGCCUUGAGCUCGUCGAGACAUACGCCCGUCUGAAUCGAGUUAGGCCCGGGAAGCUCGUAUUGUUUCGCGACGGUGUAAGCGAAAGCCAAUUUGACAUGGUUCUGAACGAAGAGUUGCAGGAUCUGAAGAAGGCUUUCUCCGAGAAAGAUUACAGGCCAACCAUCACAAUCAUCGUGGCUCAGAAGCGCCACCAAACUCGCCUUUUCCCGGAGAGAGAAGUCGACGGGGGUCCCACGGGCAACGUUCCGCCAGGGACAGUCGUGGACACAACAGUUGUGCAUCCUUUCGAAUUCGACUUCUAUCUGUGCAGCCACUAUGGCAGCCUCGGGACGAGCAAGCCGACCCAUUACCAAGUCCUCUGGGACGAACACGGGUUUAGCUCCGACCACUUGGAGAAUUUGAUUUACAGCUUAUGCUUUACCUUUGCUCGAUGCACCAAACCAGUGUCUCUGGCCACCCCCGUAUACUAUGCUGAUCUCGCCGCCUACAGAGGAAGGUUGUAUCACGAAGCGGUGGUGGAGCAUUCUCCCAGUUCGAUGGCAUCUUCAUCGUUCUCAUCGACUGGUUCGAAUGAAGAGCGAUUCUGCAAGCUCCACGCCAACGUGGAGAACAUGAUGUUCUUCAUUUGAAGGCCAUAGGCCCCAAUGUCUAGAAGAAGUCCCGAGGACAUUCCUUCUUUUACAUUUGAAAAAACUAGUAGGGGACUUUCUGGAUGUUGCGAUUGCUUCUCCGCCAGAAAAGAAUUUCAAUGAAGUGAAAGCCUGAUGGAGUCCGUCAGGCGGACAUUGCUCGAUUCCUCCGUCCAGCUUUCGCCCAUCGAAAGCAGGGCAGCGUGGAGAAUGUCUCCUAUACAUUCUUGAAGAUGCAGAAGGUAGAAUGUCCUC